AUGGUUGACUUUGAUAAUGGAAACAAGGAAUCUGGGAUUCGAUACGACAAAGUCAACUUUACCGUCGGUGUUUUUCUUGAUCGGAAUAGCACCAGUCCGAUUGGUAGCUCCACCAUUUCUGGGUUCUAUCAAGGGCGUAAGAAGAAGGCAAAGAAGUGGAGCUCCGUUGAAACACAUGCGGGAGCACUUAACCGGACGGCGAAGAUGGAUGGAAAAGCGUACUUCCGAGUGAAUUUUGCGACGUCGGUGAAGUACAAGAUCAUGUUCUUUUACACAGCACGACACAGAUUAUGGGGAGGAGCUAAUGUUGCCGUCAAUGAUGCCGGCUUGAAAGAUGAGAAAGAUGAUAUCAGACUCGGACACUCCCUUCCGGUAAUUGUGUCCGGCGCAACCCAGCUGGCUAUCUCAUGCUUCUGCUUCUGGGUCUUUUUGUCCAUUUUGUACCUUUAG